CACGUCGUUCAUCGGCCUCUAAAGGCCAGGAAUUUCCUUCUAGCUCGGAGCGCGAUAGUCGCCAUGCACUCCUUGGGCAAGGCAAUUCUGGGCUCGGCCCGGCGUAACCAACAAAACGGUCAGAUCCUUCAGGCUGUUCGUUACUACGCGGUGAAAGAUGUGCGAUUUGGCAUCGAGUGCCGCGAUAAGGUGCUGGCCGGCGUGAACAAGCUCGCAGACGCUGUUCAGGUCACGUUGGGCCCAAAGGGCCGCAAUGUGAUGAUCGAACAGAGCUACGGGGGGCCCAAGAUUACUAAGGACGGUGUUACCGUGGCCAAGGCUAUCGAGCUGAAGGACAAGUUCGAGAACAUGGGGGCCUCCCUGGUGAAGCAGGUGGCCUCAGCGACGAACGAUGUGGCCGGCGAUGGUACCACAACUGCGACAGUUCUCACUCGCGCCAUCCUGGCCGAGGGCUGUAAGUCGGUGGCCGCGGGAAUGAACCCCAUGGAUCUGCGCCGCGGCAUCAACAUGGCGGUCGACCACGUGGUUUCGGUGCUGAAGGGCCGAGCAAAGAUGAUCUCCACGACGGAGGAGAUUGCGCAGGUGGGCACGAUCUCCGCCAACGGCGAGCGGGAGAUCGGUGACCUGAUCGCCCGGGCCAUGGAGAAGGUGGGCAAGGAGGGCGUCAUCACCGUGAAUGACGGCAAGACGCUGGAUAACGAGCUGGAGGUUGUGGAGGGCAUGAAAUUUGACCGCGGGUACAUCUCGCCGUACUUCGUGACCGACCAGAAAACGAUGAAGGUGGAGCUGGAGAAUCCGCUCAUCCUCAUUUGCGAGAAGAGGAUUAGCGGACUCGCUUCCUUGCUGCCGGUAUUGGAGAAGGUGGUUCAGGUUCAGCGGCCGCUGCUGAUCAUCGCGGAGGACGUCGAGAGUGAGGCCCUAGCCACUCUGAUUGUCAACAAGCUGCGAGCUGGCCUCAAGGUGUGCGCCGUGAAGGCUCCUGGUUUCGGAGACAACCGGAAGGCGAACCUGCAGGACAUCGCCAUUCUCACGGGAGGCGAGGUCAUCAGUGAGGAGUUGGGUCACAAGGUGGAGAAUGUGGACGUCCGGUCGCUGGGGCAGGCCAAGCGCAUCACCGUCACCAAGGACGACACCAUCAUCCUGCACGGCGCAGGUUCCAAGGCCGACAUCGCCUCCCGCUGUGAAAUGAUCCGCAGUGCCAUGGACACCACCACCAGCGACUACGACCGUGAGAAGCUCCAGGAACGCCUGGCCAAGCUGUCGGGCGGUGUGGCGGUGCUGAAGAUCGGGGGUGCCUCCGAGGUUGAGGUGGGCGAGAAGAAGGACCGCGUGGUGGAUGCGCUCAACGCGACCAAGGCGGCCGUGGAGGAGGGUAUCGUGCCCGGCGGCGGGGCGGCGCUGCUGCACGCCUCCAAGGCUCUGGACGACGUGAAGUCCAAGUUGGACAACUUCGACCAGAAGAUCGGAGUGCAGAUCAUCCAGAAUGCUCUACGGGUGCCGAUGAAGACCAUUGCCAGCAACGCGGGAGUGGAGGGCGCAGUGGUGGUCGGGAAGGUUCUCGAGUUGGAGGACCCGGCGAUGGGCUACAACGCCGCCACUGGGCAAUACCAGGACAUGGUGAAGGGGGGCAUCAUCGACCCGCUAAAGGUUGUUCGCACUGCACUGGUGGACGCCGCCUCCGUCUCCUCGCUCAUCACCACCUCCGAGUGCGUCGUCGUUGAGGCGCCCGAGGACAAGAAGCCGGCGGCCGGGUACCCGCCAGCACCUGACAUGUACUAAGGGGCGCUGUUUUGGGAGAGUGGAGCCCUGGGAUAUUGGGACUCCCGUUCCCUGUUCCGCGCUACGGGGAGGGCUCAUUGCAAUCCUUCCCGCUAUGAAUGAUAAUAUGCUGUUCAUGUGGUCUACAUAAGAAAGAUAGCAAAAUCGAUGUUGGGUGGGCUUAGGGGCUGUGUCUCGUACAGGGUUUGGGAUACACUGUGUUUGCAAUGUAUGUGUGUGUGUGUGGGGAGCGCGCCGUAUAGGUGUACGGCGAAACUGGGAGAGCGGGACUUUUUCCUGGACCUUUUACGGCUUGAGGCGGUACAAACGGUGGCACCGUGGUUAGUAUACUGUGUCAUAUACUGGAAAUGGAAACAUGGACUGGACACCGAAGAAGAGAUAAGAGAUGAAGGCAGUGGUGUGAUUGUGAGCUUCCAACUGGGUCGAAGCUAAAGGGAAACAUUUAGUUAGGAUGGCGGAGGGCGAUCUUGCUUGCGGGAUGUGUGGCUACUUUGACCGGCACCGUUUCGGACGAAAGGUUCCUUUGGUGGCAACGAAAUGAUCCAGACGUCACCUUCCGGCGUUUGAGGUUGGGAAAGUGGGAGCAUUUCGUGUAAUCAGUGCGUUUG